AUGGAUGAUUCCAAUAUUGAAUCCCUUUUGCAUGAGAAGCAACCAUCAGAACAAAAGAGUCAAGCAGAGAUAUCUGCGGAAGAAGCAAUAUCAUCCAUUGCACAUGAACUAACAAAGGAUGCAGAGCCUCACGAUCUGUUGAUAUACGACAAAAACGAAAAGACCGAGCAACCUCAAGCAGCAGACGAGCGACAGGAUCGCAAGAGGCAAAGAAUUGAUGAUUCCAUCACAGCCACACCAGCAACUCUGGAAAUUGACACUACACUCGUUAGCGGUGAAAAACAUAGCGCCACUCAAAAUCAGAAGUCUGAAGGUAACGAGAGCAGCCACCAAAAUACUACUGACUUAAUUCAGCAGGCACAUGACCAGUUGCAGCAAUUGCAACAGCAACAGCAACAGCAACAGCAACAGCAACAGCAACAACAACAGCAACAGCAACAACAACAACAACAACAACAACAGCAACAUCAGCAUCUUGAUAUUCGAAAUUCUUCUGGAAACAACGUUGAACUGGAAGACAAGCACUACAGAGUCGGUGAUAAAUCAUCCUCCGCAGGCAUUGCAAGUAGCCCAACACAAAAGUCACCGCAUAGUAAAGAAACAACUAGCCGCUCUACCUUGUCUGCGAUUCCAUCCGACUCGGAGCUUUUCAAUACAAAUGCUGCUCAUGCUGCUUAUUCUUCCUUGUCAUCGCAAUAUCAGCACCUGGGUGUAGACUCCAGACAUGCUGUUUUUACACAAGCAAAUCUUUCAAUACUACCUUUGCCUAUUGUAGGGGCCGACUUCUUGCCCCCGAGAAUUCAACUUUUGAUCAACACGUUACCAACAUUGGACAACUUGUCAACUCAAUUACUACGCAUUGUUGCAAAGUCGUCAUAUAAAACAAUUAUUGAUAUUGCUUCUAACCCGGAAACUCCUGAAGGUGCCACGUAUCGCGACUUGACAUCCUUAUUUGAAUUCACAAAGAGACUAUACUCUGAAGAGGACCCAUUUCUAACAGUUGAUCACGUUGCUCCGGGUAUGUGGCAUGCUGGAGAAGAGACGCCUCGUAUUUUUAAAACCAAGGAGCAGAGCAUUGAAUCGACUCUUCGAAAAGUCAAUUUGGCCACAUUCUUAGCUGCGGCUUUGGGUACAAUGGAAGUUGGAUUCUUCUACUUGAAUGAGUCGUUUUUGGACAUCUUCUGUCCCGCUAAUGACUUGGAUAUCAAGCAUCAUUUAAGUGACACCAGUUAUUUGGAUUCGACAAGCUCGUUGGCAACUAGUAUACAAACCGGCAUCGGCUCCUCAGUGGGAGGUAAGAUUGGAAGGUUACUAAAGCCACAGGCAAUGUUGUACCUUGAUCUCAAAACUCAAGCAUAUAUAUCGGCAAUUGAGGCGGGAGAACGAUCUAGAGAAGAAAUCUUGGAGGAUAUUCUACCUGACAACAUGAAUCAGGUACUAAUGGCAAGAAGGAAUGUCGAUUUAUUGUUGCCAUCAGAAGCUGAUUUUGUUGACAGGUGUAAGUCAAGAAAGGCACUUUUGCUUAAUUACGAUGAGCAACAAACCCAACUUCCCUUGAGCGAGGAGUUCAAAUGGUUUACUUUCUUGAGAGAUCUAUUUGACUAUGUUUCAAAGAACAUGGGGUACUUGAUUUGGGGAAAGAGUGGAAAGCCUGUUCGUGAAAAGAGGGAUUACCCACUGAUUAGUCCGGAAAUGUAUGAGCAAAUUAAUGCCAAGAUGAACUACCAGCCGUCCCCAAGUCGAGAGGAAGAAAGCGACUCGUCUGAGGCUGCAAACCUCUUGCCUUCUGAGAUAAGAGAGAAACAAGUAGAAAUAAAUGGUCUCAAACCAAGUCAGAGAAGACCUUGGAGUCGAGAAGAAGAGAAAGCUUUUAGACACGCGCUAGAGUUGAAUGGGCCUCACUGGUCCAAAAUCCUUGAAUUAUUUGGGAAAGGUGGUAAAAUCAAUGAGGCCUUGAAGAAUCGUAACCAAGUCCAACUUAAAGACAAAGCACGUAAUUGGAAGGUGUUUUAUCUAAAAAAUGGAAUGGAGUUGCCACUGUAUUUGAAAACAGUCACGGGUACGUUGGAGGAUAGAGUAAAGAGGAGUAUAUCACGAAAAGAGAAAACUGCUGCUGCUCCAGUGCCCAAUGUACAGAAUCAAAAGCGAAGGCAGCUACAAGAACAAGUUAAGGAACAGGAACAGAACUCAAAACGAGAAGCCAUACAUAGUGACGACAAUAACAUCGAUAGCAGUUUCAAGUGA